AUGAGUGGGCGCCGGGAUCCAUGCCGGCUGUCCAUCAAGGUGAUGCCGGACGUGGAGGUGGUCCGCAUGAUGAACUUCUUCUCCAACUGCAAGCUGUCGAAGACGGAGUGGCGAGAGCAUUCAGCUCGAGCCCACGUACGCCGGCUAGGUUCGGAAGUUCAGAUCGAUCAAGCCGAGCGGAUAAGAUUGUACCAGGCUGAAGAGAUAAACUCUAUUUGCAUGUACUACAUCAACAACGAACCAGAAAAUCAGCAGCGACUCAACCACCUCGGCCGCGCAUGCGCGCGCCCUGCUUAUCCAUCCGCAGCCGGGGUGCGGCGCUCCGGAUGUCCCACGACGACGACGGGCGCGCGCCGGAGAACAGGCCGGCGGUGCCUUCUUCUUUCAUGCGCGCCAACACACUCCACUACAUCAACACGCACAGCCAGGAGGCAGCGAGUACACGCUCCGACGAAGGACGCGGGCACGGCGCCGAGGAGGGGCCUGGCGCGGUGUGUGCAUAGCCGAGACGCACGGACGCGGAGGAUGAGCCUGGCGCCGUGUGUGCAUAACCCUCUGCCUUCGCUGCCGCCGGGGCGGGAGUCCGUCCACUUGACUUCCACACGUCGUCGUCCUAAGGCCUGUGGUCGAGACGUCGAUGAGGCCAUCUUCAUGAACCUCGUUGUGGGGGAGUCGCAGAAGAGGACCGGGCGUAGCACUUGGUACAAGCUCCCAUGGCGGCCGCGGACAGCACUAGAAGAGGCAGCGACGCGGACCUAG